UCUCUCUCUCUCUAAACAAAUACACAUUUUUCUAAUACCCAUUUGGCAUUCCAUCUCUAUAUAAGCCCUUCUUAACUACUUGAGAUUUCCAUCCCUCUUAGAUUUUUUUCAAAGAAAAACCAACUUCUCAUUCCAUUCCAUCUCCAUCAUCAAUGUCUACUACUACCAAGUCUCUUCCAUGUCUGCUCUUAGCUACAUGCAUCCUCUUCUCUCUGCUCCUCCCCACCAUGGCCAUGACAGCAAAACCAAUGUCCAAUAUUGAGCAAUUUCUCAUCCCACAUAACAUGGUUAGAGCACGACAAGGCCUUCCUCCGCUCAAAUGGAGUUUCUAUCUCGCAAACUUUGCAAAAUCGUAUGCUAAGCAAAGGAGAGGCGACUGUGCAUUGAUUCAUUCGAGCGGGGACUUGGGAGAGAACAUCUUCUGGGGGAAAGGAAAGCAAUGGACACCAUCUGAUGCAGUCGCUGCAUGGGCUGCCGAGAAGUCCUUCUACAGUUACCAGUCCAAUACAUGCUUGCAAAACAAGGACUGCUUGCACUACACACAGAUGGUCUGGAGGGCCACCACAAUGGUUGGUUGUGCGCGGAUCGAAUGUAGGAGUGGAGAUACAUUCAUUACAUGCAAUUACUAUCCUCAUGGGAAUGUCAUAGGUCAAAGGCCAUACUGAGGAAGCGUUUUUUUUUUCCUUCUUCUUUUGAAUUAGGGGAUGUCGUUUCUGUUGAUGUUUGGAUGCUCUGUAAAUCGAAUUUGGUGUUUGGUUUUCAAUGGAGAAUCUUUGUUUAUCUU